CACUUACUAAUUUUUAUAAUAAAAAUGAUACUUCAAUACCAAAAGAAAUAGUAUUAUUUGUUCCUUUACUUGAGCCUUUACAUGUUGCUCUUAAUACAAAAGAACAAAUAAUGAAAAUGUAUUACCUAUUUUUUGAGAAACUCUUCUAUUUUGUAUUUGGUAAACAAAAAGUUUUAGCCAAAAAACCUAAACUGUGGAGAACAAAUCUUAUACUUGAGCUAGCAUUUACUGCAUAG